ACAGCGUGUCCGGCCAAACCAAACAGUUCAUUAUAAUAUUUUUUAAUAAUUAGUAAAUAUUUCGAUUUUCAAAAUGAAAUUUGUUGUAGAAAAUAUUAGUAAGUCUUCGGGACGCCUGGGGCAUUUAGUACAAGCGGAAACGGGCAAGCGUUUUCGCACACCAUUGCUAGUACAAACAACUAAAGCGGGAAGCAUUCCAUAUCUCAGUCGGGAGGUAUUUGAUUAUAUUACCAAAGAGACGCCAGCUUUACAGUUUUCAUUAUCUACCAUCAAUCAUAUGACGGAAUCACUUAAACUGUUUAAUGGCACACUUGGCGCAUAUGUAGGCUAUCCAGAAUGUUUGUCAUUAUUGUUGAUCAGGGACACUUGUACGACAACACCGAGCGGACAUAAUGACAAAGAUAUAAUGCCACUUUUCACGAGAAGGGGAAAGGAAAUGCUGACAGCGACAAGUUAUAUGGAUGCAGUAGAAGUUCUUAAACCAGAUAUAUAUCAAGGACUUUGUGAUGCUGAUACCAAUUUAGAUAGCUCCAAAAAGCGCAUAACGAAGUCUGUAGAUAGAACAGCACAAUUUAUGGAUCUUUGUUAUGAGCGACAUCAAAACUCGACAGUAUUAAACAAAACCGCUUUAUUCGUGCCCAUCGUUGGAGGCUACAGCACGUUUGCACGUUCCGAUUCUAUCAAACAUGCGAAGGCGAAAGGUGAAAGUAUUACGAGUGGUUAUAUUUUUGAGGGAUUUCACAACAACGGACUCACUGCCACAGAAGUGGAUGUUGACCAGCUCGUUAAAGUGAUGGCGCAUAGUUUGAAUGAACUAAACGUUGAGAAACCCAAAAUGAUGCCGGGCGCGUAUACACCACCCGCAAUGUUGGAAUUAAUUUCCCUAGGUGUGGAUAUAUUCGACACAUCAUAUGCAUUCUGCGCUGCCUCCAAUUUCAAAGUGCUAACGUUCAAUUUUGAUUACACAAAAACUGAAAAUGGAAACGGUUCGCCAUUUUUGGACCUAACUGCUGAUAGUUUGAAGGAGGACUUUACACCUCUACUGACAGAUUGCGAUUGCCUAACGUGCAAGAAACAUACGCGCGCUUACUUAUAUCAUCUUUAUAACACAAAAGAAAUGGCUGGACCUAUUCUGAUUAUGAUACAUAACUUGCACCACAUGAUGCAAUUUUUCAAUACAAUUUGUAAUUGUAUAGCUGACGACAAACUACCUGAUUUGGUUAAACUAGUUAAAUAUCAAGGACACGAUGCGGCACUCGAUUAUAGUAUUAAGCUCAAUACUAAAGCAAUUAGUCGAAAUGACCAGGGAAAAAGUUUUACAGUAGCUAAAGAUGAUCAAUAAAUUUAAUUUCAUAAAUUUAUUUAAUAUUAA